GUCUGAAACGAAGCAAAUCUGGACUCGUCGGCUGUAGUGAGCAGCCCACUCGUAUAAGUUUACACUCCAACACCCUAACGAACCACCUCGCCGCCGCACACCUCCAUUCUUCCCUAACCCUCCUCCAAUGGCGGCCUCUUCUCUUCUCCGAUCUUCCCCUUUCUUCCUCUCCCCUCAACAACCAAACCCUAGAACCAUCAACACUACCCCUAAAUUUCUCACCAUCAAAGCCACAAUCGACAAACCAAUCGAAACAACACCCGCCAUCAAGCACCGACGCCCCGCAGACGAAAGCAUCCGUCAAGAAGCCCACCGCCGUUGCUCCUCCGAACGCGAUAACUUCUCCGCCAAAUACGUCCCGUUCAACGCCGAUCCUGACUGCACGGAAUCCUACUCGCUUGACGAGAUCGUUUAUCGAUCCCGUUCCGGUGGAUUACUCGAUGUCCAACAUGAUAUGGAUGCGUUGAAGGAAUUCGAUGGGAAUUACUGGAAAGCCCUCUUUGAUUCACGCAUCGGGAAAACAACCUGGCCUUAUGGGUCUGGAGUCUGGUCGAAGAAAGAAUGGGUGUUGCCGGAGAUUGAUUCCGAUGAUAUCGUCAGUGCUUUUGAAGGUAAUUCUAAUAUGUUUUGGGCUGAGCGUUUUGGCAAACACCAUCUGGGCAUGAAUGAUUUGUGGGUAAAACACUGUGGGAUUAGUCAUACCGGAAGUUUCAAGGAUUUGGGUAUGACUGUAUUGGUUAGUCAAGUGAAUCGGUUGCGUAAAAUGAACCGUCCGGUGGUCGGAGUCGGUUGUGCAUCCACCGGCGACACUUCCGCUGCGUUAUCUGCCUACUGUGCAUCUGCAGGUAUUCCCAGUAUUGUUUUCUUACCAGCUAACAAGAUUUCAAUGGCGCAAUUAGUUCAGCCAAUUGCUAAUGGUGCUUUUGUGUUGAGUCUUGAUACUGAUUUCGAUGGUUGCAUGCAAUUAGUUAGGGAAGUAACUGCUGAAUUACCGAUCUAUUUAGCUAAUUCUUUGAACAGUUUGAGGUUAGAAGGCCAGAAAACAGCUGCCAUAGAAAUCUUGCAGCAAUUCGAUUGGGAAGUGCCCGAUUGGGUGAUUGUUCCCGGUGGAAAUUUGGGGAAUAUUUAUGCUUUCUAUAAAGGGUUUCAUAUGUGCAAAGAGUUAGGGUUAGUUGAUCGGAUUCCGCGGCUCGUUUGCGCUCAAGCGGCUAACGCGAAUCCUCUUUACCUUCACUUUAAGUCGGGAUGGUCGGAUUUCAGUCCGGUGAAAGCUAAAACCACUUUCGCAUCCGCUAUUCAGAUUGGUGAUCCUGUUUCGAUUGAUCGAGCUGUUUAUGCUCUCAAGAAUUCAAAUGGGAUUGUGGAAGAAGCCACCGAAGAAGAAUUGAUGGACGCAAUGGCUCAAGCGGACUCAACCGGGAUGUUCAUUUGUCCUCAUACUGGGGUUGCAUUAACGGCUCUGGUUAAGCUUAGAAACAGCGGUGUGAUUCGACCUACUGACCGGACCGUUGUGGUGAGCACGGCUCAUGGGCUAAAGUUUACUCAAUCCAAGAUCGAUUACCAUUCAAAAUCGAUCCCAGAAAUGACUUGCAGGUUAGCUAAUCCACCGGUUCAGGUGAAGGCUGAUUUUGGGUCGGUUAUGGAUGUUCUCAAGAAGUACUUAUUAAGCAAAGAUUCGAAGCAGUAAACCAUUGGAUAUUGAUUCAUGCCGAGUACUUGUAGUCUGUUCUUGAACUUUAAGAGAAUAAAGGGCCUGUUUCAGGGAUUUUAGU